AUGCUGACGCCGCGUUCACUGCAGUGGGGGCCUUUCCGCUUAGCGGGACCCUUCCUGUGCUGCAGUGCAGCAGCAGCAACCCCAGCAGCAACUGCAGCAGCAGCACGUGCAGCAGCAGCAACUGCAGCAGCAGCAACUGCAGCGGCAGAAGCAACAGCAGCAGCAGCAACAUCGUCUGUCUGCUACCGCUGCAGGAGCUGGCAGCCUCGCUGUACCGCUGCACCUACAACGCUAACAGCAGCAGCAGCAGCAGCUGCUCCUGCUGCUGCUGCAGGGCCGUGUGCUGCAGCUGCUCUUUCAAGGCGCGCGAUGCAUGCAGCAGCAGCAGCAACAAAAGCAGCAGAAGGUGCAGCAACGACAGCAGCAACAGCAGCCGAAACACCAACAGCAGAAACAGAAGCAGCUGCAGCAGCAGCAGCAGCAACAGCAGCAGGGGAUGAAGGAGGAAGCAGCAGGCAAUACACAGUUGCUGCUGCCUCAAGACAAUUUGCUGCUGCAGUGCCGCUGCAGCUGCUACGAGCAGCAGCAGCAGCAACAGAAGCAGAAGCAGCAGCAGCAGACUUCGUUCCUCUCCGCGCACUAUGGAGGCGUUGCGUGCAGCAGCAGCAGCAGCAGCAGCAGCAGCAGCAGCAACUGGAGUUGGGGGGUGAUGAGGACCCUCUAACCCUUGAACACGUUUGCCUCCUCCUUGAGGGAUGUAUUGCUGCGAGGGUGCGGGAGUUUGCUGUCAUCGGCUCUGUUUUGUCUCUGGGCGCAGCAGCAGCAGCUUCAAACCCUUACACUCUGCUGCAGCUCUUGCCCCGUGUAAGUAAGGCCGUGCGGCGUUUGGGUUUUCUCCACUUUGAUUUUUUUGAAGAUGCACAAAACCAAAUGCAGCGAACAAACCCCCAAACAAUUGCUUCUUUGUGGAGCGCGUCGGAUGUUUGUGCUGUUGCUGAGGCCUUUGCUGCCCAGCGAAUGCCUUCUGCUGCUGUUGCAGCAGCAGCAGAAGCUGUGCUGCAGCAGCAUCAGCAGCAGCAGCAGCAGCAGCAGCAAUUGGUUCCGUUUGCUGCUGCUGCUCGCCUGCUGUUGGCUUUCGCGCAGCUAGAUGUACAUUCCGCUGCUGUGCUGCAGCCGCUGCAGCAGCAGCUGCAGCAGCAUCUGCAGCAGCAGCAGCAGCAAGUGGCGAUGCAGCGGGAAGAAGCCCUUGCCUUAGGCGCUGCAGCAGAAGCUGCUCUGCUGCUGCAUCACCACCAGCAGCAGCUGCAGCCGUUAGCAACAGAGUGGGGCCCUCUGCUGCUGUCUUGUCUUGAGAGGCAAAUUCUUCUGUGCCGCUUAGCACUGCGUACCCUCGACCGCCCAUUGUAUGAACGUCUUGAUGGGAGAACGCGGAGCAUCCUUCGGCAGCUGCAGCGCAUGGAAUUGACUCUAAGCCCGAGGCCGCCGACAGUCUUUGUUCAAAAGUUUAGCGCCAUCUUGACGAAGCUUCGGAUCGCUCACCAGACCUACGCAAUGCGAGGGGUUCUCUGCUUCGAUAUUUUAGAGAGAGAUCGCAAACUCGCGUGGUGCUGCGACAGCGCCGAUCGUUUUUAUGUUGGCACCAACAUCAAAACCGCCGCAGUUCGUCUGCAAGAGAAGAUUGUGCGGGGUUUGGGUAUUCAUGUAGCGAACUGCGCGUAUUGGCAGUGGAACAAAAUGAAGGCGAGGCGGACCCGCAUUGAAUACGUGCGAAUGAGUCGUUACUAUGCGCUACAAGAUCGCAGGGAGACGAACUUAGAAUUUGAAGGGUGGUUGCUGCCUCACGUUCAUCAUAUACACCGCAAAAAUAAUAUUGAGGCUUUUUGUCAUUUUCCUAAUAAUCAGCCUGUUGGACAUAUUGUCUACUAA